AUGGGAGAUCUGUUUAUGCUCAGGGUGGCUGUGGGCAUAUGCUGUGCCACCUUCAGUGUCUCUGCCUGGUCAGUGAACAAUUUCCUCAUAACAGGUCCCAAGGCCUAUCUGACCUACACUACCAGUGUGGCCCUGGGUGCCCAGAGUGGCAUUGAGGAGUGUAAGUUCCAAUUUGCUUGGGAACGCUGGAACUGCCCUGAAAAUGCUCUCCAGCUGUCUACUCAUAACAGGCUGAGAAGUGCCACCCGGGAGACUGCAUUUAUUCAUGCUAUCAGCUCUGCUGGAGUCAUGCAUACCAUCACCAAGAACUGCAGCAUGGGCGACUUUGAAAACUGUGGCUGUGAUGAGUCAAAAAAUGGGAAAACAGGAGGCCAUGGCUGGAUCUGGGGAGGCUGCAGCGACAAUGUAGAAUUUGGGGAAAGGAUCUCCAAACUCUUCGUGGACAGCCUGGAGAAGGGAAAGGAUGCCAGAGCCCUGAUGAACCUUCACAACAACAGGGCGGGCAGGCUGGCAGUGAGAGCCACCAUGAAAAAGACCUGCAAAUGCCACGGCAUCUCAGGGAGCUGCAGCAUCCAGACAUGCUGGCUGCAGCUGGCUGACUUCCGGGAGAUGGGGGACUACCUAAAGGCCAAGUAUGACCGGGCACUGAAAAUUGAGAUGGAUAAGCAGCAGCUAAGGGCUGGAAACAGUGCCGAGGGCCACUGGGCACCCACUGAGGCCUUCCUUCCUAGUGCAGAGGCUGAGCUGAUCUUUUUAGAGGAGUCACCAGAUUACUGCAUCCGCAAUUCCACCCUGGGUGUCUAUGGCACAGAGGGUCGGGAGUGUCUGCACAACAGCCACAACACAUCCAGGUGGGAACGACACAGCUGCGGGCGCCUGUGCACUGAGUGUGGCCUGCAGGUGGAAGAAAGGAGAACUGAGGCCAUCAGCAGCUGUAACUGCAAAUUUCAGUGGUGCUGUACAGUCAAGUGUGACCAGUGUAGGCAUGUGGUGAACAAGUACUAUUGCACACUCUCCCCAGUCCGUACUUGGCCCCUAGGCAAAGGUAGCACCCGAUAACGCCCACACAAAAUUAUUGCUCAACUGAAUGACAAUGGAGGGGGACACAGCUUCUCUGUUGGAGAAAGUAGAUUGGAUGACAGUUGGAAAAUCCCAGGGUUGGCCUGUAGUCCUCUUGAUAUCUGUUAUACAUGGGAAAAUUGAGGCUCAAGACUAUACAGCAUAUUCUUGACAGAGCUGAAUUUGGAACCUGGGCCUCCUUAUCUGGGCACAGCACAUUUCUUCUUCCUACAAGUUACUUCCUGAUCUUUAUAUCUGUACUUCUGCAGCUGGUUUG